AAACCUAGCCCCGCACGCUUCUUCCCCAUUUUGUCAAUCCCCUCUCCGCUCGCCUCCUCCUCUCACGGGUCGCUGCGCCGCCGUCUCAGCCGCUUCUCCUGCGCCUUCUCCUCCCCGCUCCUCUCCUCAUAGCUGAGUCCUCGACCAGAUCGGCGUCCAUCUUCAGCGGCGGCGGCAUCUUCAGCGGAGGAGGCGGGUGGUCGUGGCGGCGGCAUCUUCAACAGCGACGCCGGACGAGCUCCACGCGCGGGGGAGAUAUCUCCACGGGCCCACGCAACUAUGUUCCCUCGCUGACGUCGGCCUCACAAAGAAGAGGUCUAGUUCGCCCGUGCCGCCGAUGAGGGGGAGCAGCCACGCCCAAAGGAGGUCGUCCCCAAUGCCUGCAUCUAAUCGUCGACCUUAACAACACUGAAGUCGCCGCUGCUAGUCGAGGUCGCCCAGUUAAUACCGGCCCUGCCGUACUGCAGCUCAUCCUGCCCGAGGACAUGAUACGUAUUUGGCAAUGUUGGCUCUUGGGCUGCCCAAUUGAUCACUGAAGCUGGUGGCAAGGUGGUCACCAUCAGAGAUGUCACAGGGGCUGUCAAGAACUCCAAUGACAUUGACAUAGCCAAGAUGAUGAAGCACUCGGCAGAGAACUUCAGGAUCAAGGGCUUCGACGGGGGCGACGCUGUCGACCUGAUCUCACUGCUCACGGAAGAGUGGGACGUGCUCACCCCGACAGCUCUGGGAGGAGUCAUAAACAAUUUUUCUUCUUCUCCUAGGGACAAUGCUGAUGCCAUCAAAGCAAAGUACAUCAUCGAGGCUGCUAACCACCCAACAGACCCCGAGGCCGACGAGAUUCUGGCAAAGAAGGGCGUGCCGAUCCUACCGGACAUCCUGGCCAACUCCGGUGGAGUGAUGGUGAGCUACUUCGAGUGGGUGCAAAACAUCCAGGGGUUCAUGUGGGAUGAGGAGAAGGUGAAUCGGGAGCUCAAGACAUACAUGACCCACACCUCAAACAUAUUUCUGAUUAUUUAGGCAGUGUAUGUUGCCGUAUAGAAUGGACAGUAAUUAUGUAUUUUAUUUCGAAAACCAGAAUUGGCUCAAUUUGGAAGAUGCCUAUUUUAUAUGAAUUUCUUGCCCGCUUUGCAUGCGUUGCUACAAGUGCAUUACCAUGCCUCAGCCA